UGGUUGUUUGUAUAACAGUUCACAUGACAUAUCUCAAUGAAAACAUUGAGAGAUGAAAACCAUGUUUGUUACCCGCGAAGCAGAGGUUUGAAAUUUCUUUGCGAAAACAAACAAUUUGAAUUCCGGGGUACGGGGCGAAUGAAUCUGAGAUGGAGGAGGACCUUUGCUGCAGGCUUUGCUUGGAGACGGAGGUGGAUGAAUUAAUAUCCUUGUACUGUAGGUGCGACUCACAGAAUCAAUUGGUGUCGGAGAUGGUCACCGAUUUGAUAAGGCUGGGUUCUCCUCGGGAAAACGAUCGCUUGCCCCAGUUUGUGUGCGGAGGAUGUCUCGAGCGUUUGGAUAAAGCUUGCACCUUCCGCAAGUUAUGCAUCAACACCAAUCGCCAUUUGCGAAGGAAAUUGCUGCAGAGGGAAUCAGCUGCCGACAACGACGAACAUUGUCGCAUUUGCAACGUAAAUGAUUUAGAUGAACUGAUUUCUGUGUUCUGUAUUUGUGCUGGGGAAGAAGAGAAACUCGUUGCGGAUAUGAUGAUGGAAAUCACCGGCACAAUACGUCCGUCGAGCGAAGAUGGAUUAUCGCAGAAUAUUUGCGCGAAAUGCUUCGAACAGCUGUCGGAAACUGUUGCUUUCAUAGCUAUGAUAUGCAAUUCGGACGUGAAGCUGCGUAAAAGCCUAGCUUCACAAGGAGUUACUGAGAAAUGCCUGAUAACGAAUAGAGAUAAUCAAGAAGAUGAAGAUUCCAGAGCGAUUCCAGAGCGAAAGAAAAGGAAAACGAUAUCACAGAGGGAUACUUCUCGGAAAGUAGAUGAAGCGGAUCCCUUCAUUUACCUCGAUGCACAUGACGUUGAUGCGGAGCAGCUGAGAUCCUUGUUUGUUUCCAUCGACGACGCUGAGUUUGACGAGCGACUGAGAUACUUUGGAACUAUUUGUUGCUGCGGAAAGUUAUUGGAGGACGAAGAGAAAUGGAAAGAGCACAUCAAAGUUGAUCAUACGGCGAGAGAAAAAGCGUGGAGUAACAUCAAGUGUAACGAUUGUAACAAACGUUUUCAAUACAGCAGUGGACUGACGCAGCAUAGGGAAAACCGAGAGAGAAAGGAAUACUACCGAUGCAAAAUAUGCAACAUUUUGACUAAAGAGAGACGUUCGCUGCAAUUGCAUUUCGAGUUCACCCGGUUUCAUCCUAUUCUCGAGACAUCAGAAGAAGAACGAUUGAGAUUUGAUGAAAAAAUUAUGACAAUUGAAGAACCGGACACUCGAUGUUGUGGCUGUGACGAAGUUUUUCCCGACGGGGCAUCGUUAGUCGAACACACCAAAGAAGUUCACUUCAAGGAAAAUGACGGGAUUCCCUCGUUUAUGUGUAUGAUUUGCUACGGCAGCUUUUCCGAGAAACGAAUGUUAACGCGUCAUCAAAUAGCUUAUGCUGGAAGAAGAUAUUAUGUUUGCCUCGAAGAAGGAUGCCAAUUUAGAAGCGACGAACGUUUAAUCAUCAAAAAACACGUGGAUUCGGGUUUGCACUGUAACACAAGUAUGCUCCCAGAACCCGAGCCGGAACCGGAAAUAACGGAGUUUUUCUGCUGCUUCCAGAUGUGUUAUGAAACUUUCGGCACUAUGGAGGAGCUCGAAAAUCAUUGUUACGUGCAUCACGGCGAGCAACGUGCUUUCAACAGUCAUUUCAGCAAAGAUUCCGAAAGUGUUUGUCCGUUGUGCAAACGGCACUUCGCCAAGAGAAGCGUUUUUCAGGCCCACAUUCAGUCACAUACAAAUAGAAAAUUCGCUUGUGCCACAUGUGGCACGAAGUUCGCAACACGCGAUACUUUAAAGAAACACGAGAGGAGUCAUUCGCGUAUAAGCAAUGCAUAUUUCUGUCAACAAUGUACUGCAGUUUACGCCACCCAGCAGGCUCUCAGCCGACAUGUGCUUAAGGUUCACGAGAAAAUUUUCACCGAACUCUGCAACAUCUGUGGUAAAGGAUUCGUUGCCAAACAUGAGCUGAAGUUGCACGAAGCGAACAAUCACAUGAAAGAACGCCCUUUCAAAUGUACGGAAUGUCCCAUGACGUUCGGGAUAAAACAACUGCUGCAAAAACAUAUGAUAACCCAUAGCACGGAACGGCCGUACAAAUGUUCCUUCUGUUCCAAUACCUAUCGGCAUCCCAGCGACUGUAAGCGACACGAAAAGUCAGUUCACCUGAACGAGAAGCCUUUCCAAUGUGAAGUUUGCGAAGCUAGCUUUAUCCGAGAUCGGGACUUGCGCCUACAUAUGACCAAGCACACCAAGGUUAAGCUGUACUGUUGUCCGGUAGCGGAUUGUGCGUUUUCUACGAAUGUGUCCAAAAAGGUGAACAUACAUUACAAUGAAAAGCACACGAAAGAGGAGGAGGAGCAAUCGGAUUACAACUGAGUGCAGCAUUCUAUCUUGAAUUGUCCUCUUUUAUUGUGAAUACAUUUCUUCACCCACAUGUGUUUUUGUGUCCC